CCCAGCUUGACGCAGCGGCGGCUGCGACUGAGCAGGCCACCACCAGGGCACCCGGGCCAGCCGCGCCAGCCAUCCCUCCGCCUCCUCCUUCAGCUGCUCGGCGCGCGUGGGAGUGAGUGCGUCGCGCGCCCGCCGAGGGUCUCAGGCUCUGGGCAUCCUCGGCAAGCGAGCCCGGGCAGAGGGAGGCGCACGAGCGCGCGCGACAGAAGGAGGCGGGGAAAGGAGGGGGCGAGGCGGAGGCGAGCGAACAGGAGGGAGGGACCCGCCCGCCGCGCCCCGGCCGCUGGGCAUGUGUGGCCGCAGGCGCCCGACGCUGCCGCUGUCCCGGGGCUGAGCCGCGCCCAGGUGUCCCGGACAGUGCGUGCGCGCGUGUGUGUCCGCGCAGGCGAGCACCGCGCCGGCCCUGAGCCUCGCGUUCGCUCCCCCCGGCCGCGGUGCAUGUUCGCCUCCUGUCACUGUGUGCCGAGAGGCAGGAGGACCAUGAAAAUGAUCCACUUUCGGAGCUCCAGCAUCAAAUCGCUCAGCCAGGAGAUGAAAUGCACCAUCCGGCUGCUGGACGACUCGGAGAUAUCUUGCCACAUCCAGAGGGAAACCAAAGGGCAGUUUCUCAUUGACCACAUCUGCAACUACUACAGCCUGCUGGAGAAGGACUACUUUGGCAUUCGCUAUGUGGACCCAGAGAAGCAAAGGCACUGGCUUGAACCUAACAAGUCCAUCUUCAAGCAAAUGAAAUCUCAUCCACCAUACACCAUGUGCUUUAGAGUGAAAUUCUACCCACAUGAACCCUUGAAGAUUAAAGAAGAGCUCACAAGGUACCUUUUGUACCUUCAGAUUAAAAGGGAUAUUUUUCAUGGCCGCCUGCUGUGCUCCUUUUCCGAUGCUGCCUACCUGGGUGCCUGUAUUGUUCAAGCUGAGCUUGGUGAUUACGAUCCUGAUGAGCAUCCUGAGAAUUACAUCAGUGAGUUUGAGAUUUUCCCCAAGCAGUCGCAGAAGCUGGAAAGAAAAAUAGUGGAAAUUCAUAAAAACGAACUCAGGGGGCAGAGCCCACCAGUUGCUGAAUUUAACUUGCUCCUGAAAGCUCACACUUUGGAAACCUACGGGGUGGAUCCUCACCCAUGCAAGGAUUCAACAGGCACAACAACAUUUUUAGGAUUCACAGCUGCAGGCUUUGUGGUAUUCCAGGGAAAUAAGAGAAUCCAUUUGAUAAAAUGGCCAGAUGUCUGCAAAUUGAAGUUUGAAGGGAAGACAUUUUAUGUGAUUGGCACCCAGAAGGAGAAAAAAGCCAUGUUGGCAUUCCAUACUUCAACACCAGCUGCCUGCAAACAUCUUUGGAAGUGUGGAGUGGAAAACCAGGCCUUUUAUAAGUAUGCAAAAUCCAGUCAGAUCAAGACUGUAUCAAGCAGCAAGAUAUUUUUUAAAGGAAGUAGAUUUCGAUAUAGUGGGAAAGUUGCCAAAGAGGUGGUGGAGGCCAGUUCCAAGAUCCAGAGGGAGCCUCCUGAGGUGCACAGAGCCAACAUUUCUCAGAGCCGCAGUUCCCACUCCUUGAACAAACAGCUCAUCAUUAACAUGGAGCCCCUGCAGCCCCUGCUUCCUUCCCCCAGCGAGCAAGAAGAAGAACUUCCUCUGGGUGAGGGUGUUCCAUUGCCUAAAGAGGACAACAUUUCUGCUCCCUUGAUCUCCAGUUCCCCAGUGAAGGCAGCCCGAGAGUAUGAAGAUCCCCCUAGUGAAGAGGAAGAUAAAAUAAAAGAAGAACCUUUAACCAUCUCUGAACUAGUGUACAACCCAAGUGCCAGCCUGCUCCCCACUCCUGUGGACGACGAUGAGAUUGACAUGCUCUUUGACUGUCCUUCCAGGCUUGAGUUGGAAAGAGAAGACACAGAUUCAUUUGAGGAUCUGGAAGCAGAUGAAAACGCCUUUUUGAUUGCUGAAGAAGAGGAGCUGAAGGAGGCUCGCCGUGCUUUGUCGUGGAGCUAUGACAUUCUGACUGGCCAUAUUCGGGUGAACCCACUGGUCAAGAGUUUUUCCAGGCUCCUUGUGGUGGGCCUGGGACUGCUGCUCUUUGUAUUUCCCCUGCUCCUCCUCCUUUUGGAGUCAGGUAUUGAUCUCUCCUUCUUAUGUGAAAUCCGCCAGACACCAGAGUUUGAGCAGUUUCACUAUGAAUACUACUGUCCCCUCAAGGAGUGGGUGGCUGGGAAAGUCCACCUCAUCCUCUACAUGCUGGGUUGCUCAUGAAGCUAAUCUCUCACAUGACUAAGGGCUAUAUUCAAUGCUAGUGAUUUUUUUUUUCAGCAAAUGCCUGGUUCUGAAGGGUCACGGGGCUGUCAACAGGUGUUCCUUACUCAUAAUUGAUUAUUCAAACCUUUAAGUUAGCUUUCCAUAAUUCACUGCACUUAAAUACAUUUAAAUCAAACACAGUUAUUUUAGUUACAGGUUAGGAAGAUGGUCUUUAAAUAACCAAAACUAUGUUUAUUUUUUAUUAUAUUGUAGACAUACCCUUUAUCUAUUAUAUCAUAAUACAUGAUACAUUGGACUGAAUUAGAUUUUCCAGUUUCUAAUAGUUGGCACCGUUAUAAGCUAUAAGGUUCAGAAUCAGAAUUUUAGUGAAAACCCAAGAGAAAGUUGUUGAAUAUAAUCCUUAGUGAAAACAGUGUCCUCUAACCAAUGCCUAUACAACUAAAUUUAUGCUGGGUUUUUGGUUUUGUUUUUUUAAAAAUAUUUUUAUGUGUUCAAACUAUUUUGGUAAAUUUUUAGCAAAAAAAAAAAAAAAAAAAGAAGCCUCCUGGAGUUAUUUACAUGUACAGAUUGUAAGACUAAUGCACAAAUGGUAUAUCAGAAAUUUUUUAAUGUUUUGGCGCUACUUUGUUUUUAAAAAUAUUUUUGGCUGAACAAUACCAUAAUUUGUUAUGAUCUGCAUAUGAGAUAGAAAAUGGGUAGAAAGACACUAUAGUAAGUGAGCUGCUAAAACAGAGGAUGGAACUGGAGGAUGUAGAAACUGAGAGCAUCAAGUGGACACAGGGUGGUCCAUUUUUCAAAGUAUUUGGACAAGAGGACUUGUUAUUUUCAUUUGUAUUCUGUCUGUACAUUUUGGCCGAAGAAGCAGAUGUUUUAAAAAGAAAGUGAGAGUUUAAAGGAGAGAAGGUAAAAGAUGUGCUAGUCAGUUGCAUGUCAGUGUACAUUAACCCAAGAGUGAAGGCAAUUAGUAACUGGAGAAAAGGAAAGUGGCAAAAAUGAGUUCUGGUGAGGCUGGCAGGCAAAUGGUGGCAGGCGAGUGGUCUAUUUUAUGAAAGUGAUGGUGAUGCCAGCGUUCGAUGAUGUGAAGAGCAGUUCACUCGCUGUCCGAGUUAACAUGAACAUGUUUAAGUGGAUCUAAAUAAAAGUGGAGAAACUUUAAGGUAAAUAUUUUGAUCCCUCAUGCCAUUUGUUGUGAUUCUGUAGAAGAAACUUCAAAAGUGUGUUUGUAUGUGAGUGUGCGUGUGUGUGUGUGUGCGUGUGUGUGUUUGUGAGAGAUUGAAUUUUUGUGUGAGAAUGAAUGGCUUUUUGAUACAUGUCCUUGAUCAUCCUUUGUGGUGGUCAUUAUACUCCUUUCCUUUCCCACUUGUUUUAAAAUCUGACUUCCACAGAGAAACUGGAGAGGCCUCAUGAGAUGACAUACCAAUUCAGCCUGGGUAAAGUAGUGACAUGACCCUAACCAGACUGUAGAGGGGACCAAUGCUCUAGUACCUUCCUUGAUACCAUUAAAUCUAUGAUGGAAAGGAUUUAAUCCAACGAUUUAAUGGUAUCAAGGAAGGUACUAGAGCAUUGUACCAUCAGCAAGGCACUGAUGCCUUCCCAUGCAGACUACCUACUGAUACUGUGUUAUGUUGGAGAAAGGUAAGAGUCUAGAGCUUAUGCCAUGGAGUAUAGAGCUUCUCUGUGGAUUGAAAACAUUCCACUGCCUUAAUGUACAAAGAUACAGGGCCCACUUGUAAUCACUCUCUCUAACUAAUGACACUCCAACCCUAUCAUUAGCAUGAUUUCUAAAUUGGGCAUUCCAUUUCUACUCCCUCAGUGGAGCUCUGAGGGCUUCACUGGACAUUUAAUUUUGGAAAUAAGUUUUGGAACUGAGUUCGUGAAGCCUGCAGUUGAGCAAAUGACAAUAUAUAUUUUCCGUUAAGUUUGAAGGGUUUCCUUUCCUAUAUGCGUUCAGUGAUUUAUUUUGCUUUUUAAUAAAGAUUGUUUAGUACCUGAAAUUUGAUACUGAUUUAGAAAUAUAUUUUCUGUGAUUGGAAUCCUCAACAGUUUAUUUUGGAAGCUUGCAGAUGGCUAGCUUUGAAAUUGAAAUUUGUGUUUUUCUCCUUCUUUUCUCAUACGAUUUCUAAGUCAUCCUUUCUGACAUCAGGCAACUUCAGUGUAGUCUGCACAAAACAAGUCCCCUUCUGAUCAUGCGUCAUAUAAUUUUCUCUAAAGUUCUGACUAUGACAAAUCAUCUGGCCCUCACUCUUUCAAAAUAAUGUUAUAUAAUAUUUUUUAAAUUAUGGAAAUAAUAUAUUUUCCAUUGUAAAAUACUUGAAAAAUAUGAUAGGAUAAAUAUCACAUGUAAUCCAACCAUGCAGAUUUAUACUAAGGAGUAAUAAAUAUAUUAUUUUAACAUCUCUUUUCUCUUAGGUGGAAACUUCAUUGUUGAAUAGAAAUGUUUUUAAGUGAAGAAGUUGACAGGAUAGGGUCUGCUGAAUUUAAACAGCCAUCAAAAGUUAAACCGGAAUCUUGAAAAGCCAUUUGCUCAGCAUAGAAUCAGAGCCUUUUAGAAACAUCCAUUUAAGUUUUGUUAGAAUAUAGUCACCAGUUGCCUGAAUCGAAUGAGGAAAAGACUGCUUCCAGAGAGGGACAGUAUAUUAUAGAGUGAGAUACAGAGUUUAAAGCAAGUGUGUGAGUAUAUGUAUAUUCCAUAUUAUCGGUAUAGGUGUGUUUGUAUGUCAAUCUGUGUAUAUGUGUGUCUUUGAAUGGACACACCAUAUAUGCCUUUCUUGCAUAAUUGUGCUUAUUUUGCCCUAAUUGAGGAAUUUGUAACAUAUUGGUUCUUUUCCCUGUCAGAUACUAUGGUGGGUAAAACCCACAGCCUGAAAGGGUUAAAUUUUCCACAAACGCCACUGUGUGUACAUUUGUGGAUAUAAAUAAAUAUAUAUAAUACACACACACUUAUAUGGCAAAUACAUAUACACACACAAUCUUGCCUUUAGUGCUAAUGCAAGUUGGAUCAUGAAAACAAUGUAGGUAAAGUGUGUAUUUGUCUGUGCUUGAAAAAUAUUGUAAAAUGUUAUGUAUUUGGAAUAUAUUUUGUGGUUUGUCUAAUAUUUAUAAACACAACUCGGGGUGAAUUCACAAUGAGUUUAUUUCAUUGAAAUACUAGAGAUAUGGGGGCCAUGUUACUGUGACUGGAGCCUUACCUUUGUAUGGUGAAAUUUGCAUUUCUAUGUCAACAUCCAGAUUGUUUUAUAUGUUAAUAUGGUGGCAGGAAUCCCUAAUAAAAAUACUCUGGGGUAAAA